AUGCACCGCGGCCGCAUCGGCCCCUGCGCGGGCUCGGAGCCCCCCGGUGAGGUUGGGGGGUCCCCGCGCCCCUCCCCCACCAUGGCGCGCCCCUCCCCCGCCCUGCGCGGGCUCGGCCCGGUGCCGGUGCCGGUGCCAGUCCCGGUGCUGGUGCUGCUCCUCGUCACUGCCGGCAGCCACGGGCUGAUCCGGGGGGCUCUCCCGUUCGGGCUGGCACGCCGGGAGCUGGCGUGUGAGGGGUACCCGCUGGAGCUGCGCUGCCCCGGCAGCGACGUCGUCCUGGUGGCCGACGCCAACUACGGCCGGACCGACGACAAAAUCUGUGACGCCGACCCCGGGCAGAUGGCGAACGUGCAGUGCUACUUGCCCCAGGCGCACCCCAUCAUGGCCCAGAGGUGCAACAACCGCACUCAGUGUGUGGUGGUCGCCGGCUCUGACGCCUUCCCUGACCCCUGCCCGGGCACCUACAAAUACCUGGAGGUGCAGUACGACUGCGUGCCCUACAAAGUGGAACAAAAAGUUUUCGUCUGCCCGGGGGUUCCUCAGCGCGUGGGGCCGGCUCUCUCCACGCACGAAUCCCCGCACCAGGCGGGCGGUUGGUGCCGGGACCCGCUGCAGUCCGGGGACCGGCUCUACGUGCUGCCCUGGGUUCCGUACCGCACCGACACGCUCACCGAGUACGCGUCCUGGGCCGACCUGGUGGGAGCCCGGCCCGCGGCCACGCACCGCCUCCCGCACCGCGCCGACGGCACCGGCUUCGUGGUGUACGACGGCGCCGUGUUCUACAACAAGGAGCGCACCCGCAGCAUCGUCAAGUACGACCUGAGGACGCGCAUCAAGAGCGGCGAGACCGUGGUGGGAGCCGCCAACUACCACGACACGUCGCCUUAUCGCUGGGGCGGCAAAACCGACAUCGACCUGGCGGUGGACGAGGAGGGGCUCUGGGUUAUUUACGCCACCGAGGGCAACGGCGGGCGGCUGGUGGUGAGCCAGCUGAACCCCUACACGCUGCGGCUUGAGGGCACCUGGGAGACGGGCUACGCCAAGCGAGCGGCCUCGGACGCCUUCAUGGCGUGCGGGGUCCUGUACGUGGUGCGCAGCGUUUACCUGGAUGACGACACGGAGCACCUGGGCAACGCUCUGGUCUACGCCUUCGACACGCGGCGCGGGCGCGGCUCGGCGCUGGCGCUGCCCUUCCCCAACCCGUACCAGUUCGUGGCCUCGGUGGGUUACAACCCCCGCGACAAUCAGCUCUACGUGUGGAACAAUCAUUUCUUGCUGCGCUACGGACUCGACUUCGCGCCCCUGGACGGUGACGGUCAGCGGGGUGCGGGGGAUGUCGGGGUGCGGAUCCCCAAAUACCUGGGGGGACCCCAGGGGUCCCAGUAUAUUUUUGGGGUGCAGCCCCAGGUACGUAGAGGAGCCCCAGAUUUUUAUGGGAAGCUCUGGGCGUCCCGGUUUAUUUUAGGGGUGCAGCCCCAGGUACUUAGGGGAGCCCCAGGUCCGGUGACGACGGAACCGCCCAGCGCAGCCCCCCCACACCCCACGGCCCCCCCCAGCUCCGCCGCCCCCCCGUACCCCACCCCCACGGCCCGCCGGGGUCCCCUCACCCCGAGACCCCCCGGACCACCCCCGGGACCCCCCCCGGGCCCCGCUCACAGCGCCGCCACCCCGGGGGGGUCCCCGGGACCCCCCAACAGCGGCCCCGGGGCCCCGCCCCCCCCUCCCGCCGCCUCCCGCCGCCCGCCGGGGGGGCCCGGGGGGGGCUCGGGCGGGGGGUCCGGGGGGGUCUCGGGGUCAGGGGGGCCCGGAGGGGGUCCCGGGGGGGGCGGGGGUCGCCUGUGUGAGGCUCGGGAGGUGCGCAGGGUGCAAUGGCCCGCGGCCCAGCAGGGGGCGCUGGUGGAGAGACCCUGCCCCAAAGGGACCCGAGGCAUCGCCUCCUUCCAGUGCCUGCUGGGUUUGGGGGUGUGGAACCCCCGCGGGCCCGACCUGAGCAACUGCACCAGCCCCUGGGUCAACCAGGUGGCCCAGAAGAUCAAGAGCGGGGAGAACGCGGCGAGCAUCGCGGGGGAGCUGGCGCGGCACACGCGGGGCCCGGUGUUCGCUGGGGACGUGAGCUCGGCCGUGCGGCUCCUGGAGCAGCUCCUGGACAUCCUGGACGCGCAGCUCCAGGCGCUGCGGCCGCUCGAGAGGGAAUCGGCCGGGAAAAACUACAACAAGAUGCACAAGCGGGAGCGAACCUGCAAGGAUUACAUAAAGGCCGUGGUGGAGGCCGUGGACAAUCUGCUGCGGCCGGAGGCUCUGGAGUCGUGGCGGGACAUGAACGGCUCGGAGCAGGCGCACACGGCCACCAUGCUGCUGGACGUGCUCGAGGAAGGCGCCUUCCUGCUCGCCGACAACGUCAAGGAGCCCGCGCGCUUCCUGGCCGCCCGACAGAACCUGGUGCUGGAGGUGUCGGUGCUCAACACGGAGGGGCCACUGCAGGAGCUCGUGUUCCCCCAGGAGCUGGGGGGUGACGGCUCCAUCCAGCUCUCGGCCAGCACCCUCAAACAGAACAGCAGGAACGGGGUGGUGAAGGUCGUCUUCAUCCUGUACAACAACCUGGGGCUGUUCCUGCCCACGGAGAAUGCGACCGUGCGGCUGGGGGGGGAUGGGGGGUCCCGCGCCCCCCAACUCGUGGUCAACUCCCAGGUCAUCGCCGCCUCCAUCAACAAAGAGUCCAGCAGGGUCUUCCUGCGGGACCCCGUGGUCUUCACCCUGCCCCACCUUGAGACCAAGAACCACUUUGGGGCCAACUGCUCCUUCUGGAAUUACUCGGAGCGCUCCAUGGCCGGGCACUGGUCGAGCCAGGGCUGCCGCUUGCUGCGCUCCAAUGGCACCCACAGCUCGUGCGCCUGCAGCCACCUGACCAACUUCGCCCUGCUGAUGGCCCGCACUCAGAGCUUCCCGGGGCGGCUGAACGAGGUGCUGCUGUCAGUGAUCACCUGGGCAGGGAUCCUGGUGGCCCUGCUGUGCCUGGGCCUGUCCAUCUCGGCCUUCUGCUGCCUGCGGGGGCUGCCCUCGGAGCGCACCACCAUCCACAAGAACCUGUGCAUCAGCCUCUUCCUCGCCGAGCUGCUCUUCCUCGUGGGCAUUGACAAGACGCAGUACCAGGUGGCCUGUCCCAUCUUUGCGGGGCUGCUGCACUACUUUUUCCUGGCGUCGUUCUCGUGGCUGUGCCUGGAGGGGGUUCACCUGUACCUGCUGCUGCUCGAGGUGUUUGACAGUGACCCCAGCCGCCGCAAGUACUACUACGCAGGGGGGUACUGCUUCCCCGCCGUCGUUGUCGCCGUUGCCGCCGCCGUCGACCACCGCAGCUACGGCACCGACCAGGCGUGCUGGCUGCGGGUGGACAAUUAUUUCAUUUGGAGCUUCAUCGGCCCUGUGGCCUUCGUCAUCCUCGUGACACUGGUGUUCCUGCUGGUCACUCUGCACAAGAUGCUGCGCAGCUCAGCCGCCCUCAAACCUGACUCCAGCCGCCUGGACAGCAUCAGGUCGUGGGCACUGGGGGCCAUCGCGCUGCUGCUGCUGCUGGGGCUCACCUGGGCCUUCGGGCUCCUGUUUGUCACCCGCGAGUCGGUGCUGACAGCGUCACUGUUCACGGCCUGCAACGCCCUGCAGGGCACCUUCAUCUUCCUCUUCCACUGUGCCCUCCAGAAGAAGGUGCACCGGGAGCUCAGCAAGUGCCUGCGGCACUCAGGGUGUUGCCUCAGGGGCCCCCCCGGGACCUCCCUGGGCGCCCUCAAACCCUCGGCCGCCCGCGCCCACCCGCGGUACUACAGUGGCACCCAGAGCCGGAUCCGGAGGAUGUGGAAUGACACGGUCCGGAAACAGACGGAGUCAAGUUUUAUGGGGGGGGACCUGAACAGUACCCCAACCUUGAACCGAGGCUCUGCAGGGUCUCACCUCCUGCCCAACCCGGUGCUGCCGCCGCGGGGGGGGUCGAGUCCCUACAACACCCUCCUGGCUGAGGGGGGGGGCUUCACCCCUGCCUCCCCCCCUGCCUUCACUGCCCCAGGGAGCUUCCGCGACACCAAACCACCCCGGGAGCCCCCGGAGCCGCUACCCCUCAACGGCAAUUUCAACAACAGCUACAGCCUGCGGGGGGGCCCCGAGGGGGGGCCCGGGGGGGUCGCCCCAGGCCGGGGGGCUUGCCCGGGGGCGGCCCCCCCAGACCCGGCGGCGCUGGAGAAGAUGAUUAUCUCAGAGCUGGUGCACAACAACCUGCGGGGAGGGGGCUCCUCGCACGGGGGGGGCCCUCCCCCACCACCGCCACCACCCCCGCCGCCCCCCCCGCCACCCGCCGAGCCCCCCCCCGGAGCCCCCGAGCUGGGGCUGCUCUACCAGGAGCUGGCUCGGGGGGGGCCGGGUGGGCUGGGACCUCCCCCCGACCCCCCCCGCGACCCCCGGCAUCCCCCCCCGCCUCGGGACUACCCCGACAGCAGCCCCGAGGGGCCCCCCCCAGCACCCCCCUACCUGGGGGGACCCCCCCGUGCGCCCCCCCCCAACCGCCGGCACAGCCCCGAGACCUUCGGGGGCCCCGAGGGGGGCGUGGGAGGGGUCGAGCCCGAUGGGCAGAUGCAGCUGGUGACCAGCCUGUGA